AUGCCGAAAUAUUCCUAUACUUCAAACUAUUGCUACGAGUCUGACUCGGACGACUCGGACGAUAGCUCGGAUAGCAAGCGGCGUGUUUCCAGCCCAACUAGCACUACGCCCAAGUAUCUGUUGAUUACGCCUCGGGAAAGUGUCCUCGACGGUUCGAGUUCCGUAUCUGAUGCUCGUUAUUCGCGGGCUGCUAGUCAGCUCGGAAGCGCGGUCGGAGCCCCCAGCCUCGGGGGCCCUACCUGGAUAUCUUGCCGCACCGGUUGGCCUAGGACUGUGACAAACGGCAGUACUAUAUCUCGCCGCCCCAGUCGCUUUGGGAGUACGGUCGGCGGCUCUGCUGUAUCUCGCCGCCCCAGUUGCCUUGGGAGUACGGUCAGCGGCCCUACUAUAUCUCGCGGCUCCAGUCGCCUUGGGAGCACGGUCGGCCGCUCUACUAUAUCUCGCGGCUCCAGUCGACUCGGGACUACGCUCCAAGAGUCCCGCCGCCAGAGCUACAGUCCCGCUGAAAGCACAAUUCAAGAACUCGGCCCCGAGGACUCAGCCAGUUCCGUGGGAAACCCAGUUCGUGACCUUGCUCUCCGGCGCCACGGGACUUCUGCUAUGGGUGGAAGCGUUUAUAGUAACGCUACACAUGCGCUUGACUCACUCUCCGCGGGCGAUAUGCAACCCCGGGUGGGGAAAAAACACAGACAUACAAUAUCUACAACUAUCCGAGCGGACAACGAUUGCUUCGAACGGUCCUCUACCAUUCGUAUUGAAGGUCGCAAACAAGUUUCCGCCUACCAUAAGCGUUGA